CAAGCAGUCGUGAGUCGUGAGUCGUGAGUCGCCCCUCGAAGCAACCAAGAUCCUCAAGUGUAGCAGGGACCAUCGCUCAUCCUCACUCACUUGUGCCAAGAUGCAACUCACUCCCUCCUUCGUCGCUCUGGCAGCCGCUUCGGCUGCCGUUGCAGCAAACGCCAGCCCUGUGAGCCAGUUGCACAAGCGAGCUGGUGCACCUUUCACAUUCGAUGGAAGGACAUUCCAAGACAAGGGUCUGGUAGGCUUUGCACGCAUUCCGACGGAUGCCCUGGACAGCUUUGGAGAGACGAUCGGAGGUGUGGGUUCUGCCAUCGCGUUGGAGUACUUCAGACCCUCGGCCACAGGCGGUACAUUUAGCAUUCUGCUUCAGCCGGACAGAGGGCACAACUCUGGCGGAGCAGAAACAUCCGACUACCGAGCUCGCAACCACCGCUACAUCGGCACGCUCUCUGCGCAAAAUGGAACGAAUGAGAACAUUUCCCUCAGAUACGUCAACUCUCAGCUUUAUCGCGCAGGACCGGAUUAUGCGCUCAACUUCACCACAGGCUUGGAUCCCAACGGCACGCGGCAAUCCAACCCUCGCGCUCCCACUCUGCCCAUCGCUCUGCCCAACAACCACAUCAGCUUCGACACCGAAGGGCUCGCCAUCUCUUCCAACGGUCUUCAACUGUUCGUCUCGGACGAGUACCAGCCAGGGAUCUACAUCAUCGAUCGUACCACUGGUGUCCUGCUCAGCACCAUCGUCCCCCCACCCGCCAUUCUUCCCUACGACGCUACGGGCAAGCUGAACUUUACGAGUCUGAGCAACCCGACCACUGGCCGAGCACCAAAUCAGGGUUUCGAAGGUCUGACGCUGGACCGCAACACCAACACUCUGUGGGCUCUGCUGCAAUCGGCAACGAUUCAGGAUAGCAACAAGGGAAGCAAGAGCACAAACAGGUACACUCGUCUGCUCGGCUAUGACGUCUCGAACAUUUUCAAUGCCAAACUUAUCAAGGAGCACGUGGUGCCUUUGCCGCAAAGCAAAUCUGGCAACACCAGAGCAUCGAGCGAGGUGCACAUUGUCGACGAUUCCACCUUUCUCGUCCUUGCCCGCGAUGGCAAUGGAUUUGGAAACGAGGAUGCGGGCGUGUCGUACAAGCAUGCGGAUCUCAUCUCUACCAAGAACGCGACCAAUAUCGCCAAUACGCCAUUUGACCAGGCCAACCUGCCAGUCUCUCCAGCUGGUCGGCUCAACAACACCAUCGUUCCUGCCACGUACCAACCCUUCAUCGACCUCGCUUCCAGCGCCGAGCUGGCCAAGUUUGGUCUCAACAACGGAGCGUCUGGCGUGUUCGACCGCAACCUGCUUUCUGGCAAGUUGGAAAGUUUGGCAAUCGCCAGUGCGGGAGAUGGGCAGAACAAGGAUGAUGUUUACGUGUUCGUCGUCUCCGACAAUGACUUUAUCACGCUGAACGGUAAACAGGCGGCUCAGGACUCGACGGGCAAAUACGUUGUUGGCUCUUACAACGACACGUAUGCUUUGCAAAAGGGAAGUCAAGAUACUCAGUUCUUCAUCUACAGAGCCACCAUCCCUGGCUACAGUCAGGGAGGCAGCGCCAACUGAGCUGUGCAUGUAACCCCCCGCAAGGACAUGCGUUCCACUCCACCUUUCGCAUUCGUGUUUCGUACGCUCCUGUUGUAAAUCUUGCCGAGCACUUUACAGCAAUGCCAUGAGCAGCAGCAUGGUCGGCUGCCGCUUUGACUUUACAAGACCCACGACAAA